AUGGCGGCCUACCUGCAGUGGCGCCGCUUCGCCUUCUUUGACCGCGAUGUCCUGACGGAGCCUGAUGGGAAGCCCGUGCUGUUGCCGCCAGGCAUCACGGUCUGCGACUCGGGCCGGGGCAGUCUCGUUUUCGGGGAUAUGGAAGGGCAGAUAUGGUUCCUGCUCCGCAACCUUGAGCUCAGCAGCUUCCAAGCUUAUAAGCUGAGAGUGACACACCUCUACCAGUUGAAACAGCACAGCAUUUUGGCUUCAGUUGGGGAGGAUGAAGAAGGUAUUAACCCUUUGGUCAAAGUCUGGAAUCUAGAGAAGCGUGAUGGUGGGAAUCCUCUGUGCACCAGGAUUUUCCCUGCAAUACCAGGCAACAAGCCUACAGUUGUGUCCUGCCUCACAGUCCAUGAGAAUCUCAACUUCAUGGCCAUUGGCUUUACGGAUGGGAGCGUUGUGCUCACUAAAGGGGACAUCACAAGAGAUCGGCACAGCAAAAGUCAGAUCCUUCAUGAAGGCAGUUACCCAAUUACAGGCCUUGCCUUCCGUCAGUCUGGCAAAACAACACAUCUGUUUGUUGCCACCACAGAGAACAUCCAGUGUUACACGCUUUCAGUGAAGGACUAUCCGAAGCUAGAACUGGACACACGUGGCUGUGGGCUGCGCUGCUCCACACUCAGCGAUCCCUCCCAGGACCUCCAGUUCAUUGUGGCAGGAGAUGAAUGUGUAUAUCUGUACCAGCCAGAUGAGCGUGGGCCCUGCUUUGCCUUUGAAGGCCAGAAGCUGAUAGCCCACUGGUAUCGGGGCUACCUUGUCAUUGUUUCCAAGGAACGGAAGCCUUCUCCAAAAUCGGAAUUUGCUGGGAGUGAUCCACAAAACUCUGACAAGCAGAUCCUGAAUAUUUAUGACUUGGGCAACAAGUUCAUUGCGUACAGCUCUGUCUUUGACGACGUGGUGGAUGUCCUGGCCGAGUGGGGGUGCCUCUAUGUGCUGACCAGAGAUGGGAAGCUCCAUGCACUACAGGAGAAGGACACGCAAACCAAGCUUGAGAUGCUCUUCAGGAAGAACCUCUUUGAAAUGGCCAUUCACCUGGCCAGGAGCCACCACCUGGAUAGUGACGGCUUGUCUGAGAUCUUUCGCCAGUAUGGAGACCAUCUGUAUAACAAGGGAAACCACGAUGGCGCCAUUCAGCAAUAUAUUCGUACCAUUGGGAAACUAGAGCCAUCCUAUGUCAUCCGCAAGUUCUUGGAUGCUCAGAGGAUACACAACCUGACUGCGUACUUGCAGACGCUCCACCUGCAGUCAUUGGCCAACGCAGACCACACGACACUGCUGCUGAAUUGCUACACCAAGCUGAAAGACAUAUCCAAGCUUGAGGAGUUCAUCAAGACCAGUGAGAGCGAGGUGCACUUUGAUGUGGAGACAGCCAUCAAGGUUCUGCGUCAGGCAGGCUGCUACUCCCACGCCGUGUACCUGGCUGAGAAGCAUGCGCACCACGAGUGGUACCUCAAGAUCCAGCUGGAGGAUAUCAAGAACUACCAGGAAGCCCUGCGUUAUAUUGGGAAGCUGCCCUUUGAGCAGGCCGAGAGCAACAUGAAGCGGUACGGCAAGAUCCUCAUGCAUCACGUCCCAAAUGAGACCACUGAGCUCCUGAAGGUCCUGUGCACGAACUACCAGCCGGUGGGGGAUCGUGAGGGUCCUGGAGCACUGGAAGGGAGGAAGGCAAAUCCUGAUGAGUUCAUUCCCAUUUUUGCCAACAACUCCCGGGAGCUGAAGGCCUUCCUAGAGCACAUGUCAGAAGUGCAGCCAGACUCUCCACAGGGCGUGUAUGACACACUGCUGGAGCUCCGCCUCCAGAACUGGGCGCAUGAGCAGGAUCCACAGGUCAAAGAGAGGCUGCACAACGAAGCCAUUUCCUUGCUGAAGAGUGGGAAGUUUCGGAGCGUCUUCGAUAAGGCUUUGGUCCUGUGCCAGAUGCACAACUUCAAGGAUGGUGUCCUGUACCUCUACGAACAGGGCAAGCUUUUCCAGCAGAUCAUGCACUACCACAUGCAGAACGAGCAGUACAAGAAGGUGGUGGAAGUCUGCGAGCUGUACGGAGACCAGGAGGCCUGCCUUUGGGAACAAGCCCUCGGCUACUUCGCCCACAAGGAGGAGGACUGCAAAGAGUACAUCACAGCUGUGCUCAAGCACAUUGAGACCAAGAAUCUCAUGCCGCCCCUGCUGGUUGUGCAGACUCUGGCUCACAACUCCACAGCCACCCUGUCUGUCAUCAAGGAUUACCUGGUCAGCAAGCUGCAAAAGCAGAGCCGCCAGAUUGAGCAGGACGAGCAGAGGAUUCAGAAGUACCGGGAGGAGACUAAGCGGAUCCGCAAGGAGAUCGAGGAGCUCAAAAGCAGUCCCAAGAUCUUCCAGAAGACCAAGUGCAGCAUUUGCACCAGUGCCUUGGAGCUGCCCUCAGUUCACUUUCUGUGUGGCCACUCCUUCCACCAGCACUGCUUUGAGAGCUACUCGGAGAGUGGGUCGGAGUGUCCAACCUGCUUGCCAGAGAACCGCAAAGUCAUGGACAUGAUCCGCGCUCAAGAGCAGAAGCGGGACUUGCACGACCAGUUCCAGCACCAGAUGAAAUGCUCCAAUGACAGCUUUUCUGUGGUUGCGGAUUAUUUUGGCCGAGGCGUUUUCAACAAGCUCACCCUCAUCACAGACCUUCCUCCAGGCAAAUCUGCUGCAGUACUCGAUGCGGGCUUGCAGCGUGAGCUGCUGAUACACACAAAACGGAGCACUUAGAUGGCGGUGGGUGGGUGUCCUUCAGUCCCCUGACCUUGGUUCUCCGAAUGAGUGAUGCAAUCAGCUUCUCUUUCUAGUGCACUGUGACCCAAAAGAGGGUAGGAUUUGACUGAAGACCAGGAGGGCUGCGUAACUGGCUUAGGAAACAGAGAGAGACCAAAGGAACUCUGGCUUGUUUAUUAUUGUUGUUAUUAUUAUUAUUUUGCCUGACUACAGCCAGGGCUGCUUCUCCAAGCCUUACAGCCUGCUGGUUAAGUCUCCUGGUAAAAAGUCUGGUGCUUCAGCAUUAGCAGUGGGCUCCUGUAAGACUGUGUGGUGAAAACGAGCUCUCCGCUCCAACUUUCUCCUGGUGCCUCUUGUGUUCCAAGCUCUGUAUGAGGAGGAUCUCUAGUAAGCCUGUGUUGCCCUCAUCAAAGAUAUACAGCGUGGAACUAAACUGACUGGAUUCUGGAACUGGAAGAGUUAUUUUCCUGGGGAGGUGGAUUGAAGAUGUAAAUAAUGUUCAGCACUAAUAUCUCUGUAACCCUUCACUUAAUAGCUGUUUACUUGCUUGAGCUAUAAAGUGUGUGAAUGUGGGUGAAGAGAA